CUUUUUCCUGUCAUUGAGUUGAAAUUUCCUGUAGUUAGACAUACUUAUUUUUCUGUUUGACGUUUUAGAACAAAAUUUUACCAUCUGGGUUAAUUUUUAUAUAUUUUUAUGAAUACAUACAAUUUUUUUAAAUGGAUGAUCAAUCGAAGAAACUCAAAAAUCCAUUGUUUAGUGCUUUCGUGACUGGUACAACAUUAGAGGAUUAUUCCCAAAAUGCUAUAUUAUUACCAGCGAAAGAAAAACCACCACCCUCUUCCCUAAAAAUUUCACAGGAACAACUUCUGAACGAAAUACUUUCGAACCCGCUGAAAUCACCCGACGAUUCCUCGAGAUCAUCAGAACCCGGACCCAGCAGCGAAUUCUCGACCAAGGACCUUCCCGCAGCGCAAACUGCACCGCCUUUCGCCCAAGAUCUACCCGACAUUUCGACCCUUCAACCCCACUUAGCCCCAACGGCGGCCAACACCUCGCACUUGUCCUCCGUAUUCUCGUCGUUCUCGAAUAUCCUCAGCUUGGGCGGCUCGAGCACCAAGGAGCCGGUUCCAGUACCGCCUCCAGCCGGCAUCGACACCUUCAUCCAGCAACCGGCCAUCAACCCGGACCCGGUGCCGCUGUUUUCGGCCGACAGCGCUCAGUUUCUACAGCAGAAACCGCCCACCACAUCAGAAACUUCGAAUCAGUUUAGAAGAGGAGGCUUGAAGCGACCCACGUAUGCUCCAGUACCGGGUCUGUCCGGCACCGCACCAGCUCCAGCAGCGCCCGCUCCGCCUGUAAUCGCCCCUCCGCAACCGGCACCCUACUUCACGUCGGCGUUCUUCACCCCGUCGAUCGACUCGGUGGUGACCAGCUCGGCUCAAAUCCACCAGCACCCGUUCAGGCCGCUGUCGGCCCCGUCGCCGGUCGCGCAUUUCCAGUCGAACUUCGGCCAGGAGGCCGCGCCGAGCCCCGUCAUGGACGCCAUCUCGCCCAGCGAGCUGGGCCGCGACAACGGCCGCAUCGAUUCGGCUUCGAAUUCCUCGACGGGCGGCGCCGAGUCCGAGCAAGCUCGCGCUCCCGUCAACCAAGUCUACAGGCCGGUCUACCACCACUGGUUCUUCGAGAAGGGCGGGCAGGAGAAGAAGAGCUGGCAGCCGUUUUCGAUGGUCGAUUCGCUGGCGCUCGAGCACGCUUUCACGUCCAACGAUUUGGAUCCGGAGAAGGUGAUAGCGACCGACGGCGGUCGAUACGAUGUGAACAUUCUGAGGCGCCAGAGGAGCGCCGUUUACUGGAAAUCGGAACCGACGGAAGUUCGAAGGUGCUCUUGGUUCCACAAGAACUCGUCGGACGGCAGGCUGUUGCCCUACGAGGAGAACGUGGCGGCCACGUUGGAGGAGGAGUACAAGGUAGCGUUCGAAUCGAACCAGUGGCACAGGAAAAUCGAGCUGCCCAACGGCGAGACCGUCGUCCUGCACGGUCCCGACGUAUUGGUGCUGUUCUCCCAAUCCCAAGUACCGGACGCUUGGGGCAACUCCACGACACAACCGCGUCCGAGGGUGGUGAAACGAGGCAUGGACGAGUUCGACAUCGACGAGGGCGAGCCGGCGCGCGUCGACCACAUUCUGUUCAUGGUGCACGGCAUCGGGUCGGUGUGCGACCUGAAAUUCCGGACGGUGGAGGAGGUGGUGGACGAGUUCCGCGGCAUCGCCUACCAAUUGGUCCAGUCCCACUACAGGACGUCCUGCGAGGCCGGCGCGGUGCACAGGGUGGAGGUGUUGCCGAUCAGCUGGCACGAUCGGUUGCAUUCGGAGGAGACCGGCAUCGACGACCAGCUGGAUCGCAUCACGCUGAGCAGCGUGCCGACGCUGAGGAAGUUCACCAACGACACGCUGUUGGAUAUACUGUUUUACACCAGUCCGGUGUAUUGCCAGAAGAUCAUUUCUACCGUGGGUAGCGAGCUGAAUCGGAUAUACGAUCUGUUCAAGAUGAGGAAUCCCGAGUUCAGCGGCGGGGUGUCGUUGGGCGGGCACAGUUUGGGCAGCUUGAUUCUGUUCGAUUUGCUGUGCCAUCAGGAUUCGAAGGUCGAAACGGAUAGCGAGGAGAGCGAUGAUUUAACGUCGGAAAAACCCGCGCCGCAGGAUAGGAAAAUGAGCAAAAGGAUCAGUUACAUGAUGGGCGCGAUCGGUACGGGUCAACCUCAGAUACACUACACCCGGUUGAACUUCGAGCCUAAGAAUUUCUUCGCUUUAGGCUCGCCCAUAGGAAUGUUCAUCAUCGUUAGGGGUUUGGAUACGCUAGGCGACAAUUUCUCUCUACCGACUUGCCCCGCUUUUUACAACAUCUUCCAUCCCCACGACCCGAUCGCCUACAGAAUCGAGUCCCUGAUAAACCCCGAACUCGGCCAGCUCAACCCCGUCCUGAUACCCCAUCACAAAGGAAGAAAACGAAUGCACUUAGAAUUGAAAGAAACGAUGGCGCGAGUGGGCGCGGAUUUGAAACAGAAAGUCUUCGAUUCGAUGAAGAACACCUGGAAUUCCGUGUACCAGCUGGCGAUGUUCCACAAGCAAACGCCACCGCCGAACCUGGAAGAGGAAGUCGCCAGUGCCUACAACGAGCAGAUAGAAGUGAAAGACGAGCCGGAGCAAGUCGAGGACACCGCCGGGAUCAACUUGGGGACCCUCAACGGCGGCAGGAGGAUCGACUACGUGCUGCAAGAAGCGCCUUUCGAGGUGUUAACCGAGUACUUUUUCGCGUUGAAGAGCCACGUUUGCUACUGGGAGUCCGAGGAUACUAUUUUGAUGAUUUUAAAGGAAAUUUAUACUUCGAUGGGAGUAACGAGCGAUAGUCAAAUACCGCAGCAAUCUAUGACGAUUGAAAGAGCGGCUCCGUCGUUUGAGAAUAAUUCACUAUACGGUGCGGGGGUGGAUCCUACGAGGCCUAUGCAGUUACCCGGUAACAUCCAACCUCCACCGAUGGCGGGAUUUGUUAAGAAGACAUAGUAUAUAGUGUACGAGUGGUUUUAUAAACCACUUGCGCAACGAUAUGCUCCUUAUUUAUUGCAGAAUACUUUCCAGUCUAAAGUUAAGCGAAAGAGACGACUGAACUAAUCAGGUGAUAUCAGUUACCCAUUGUAAUAAUAAAAUUGUUUCGUUAGUUUCAUUUCAUCGAGUACAUUUCGUUUUUUGCGUGCCUUCCAGGGCGUCUUCGCAUUCCAUAUAGUUGUUUUAAUUAGGUAAAUUUAUAGUUUACGGUGGUUGUAAAAAUUCUAUGUGUUGUUAAUUCUUUGCGUAAUUUUAUUAAAUUGAGAAAUAUAUUUAUACUAACUA